ACCAAGCUGAGGUCGCCGUGCAUCCACCCUGGCCGGCCGGCAGGGCAGUCGGCCAGUAUUUAAAUGGCAGUCGGCGAGGCGGGGAGCACACUAGGAGCGCACCCCGCUGCAGCAGUGCCCGUUUGCGAUGAGGUUCCAACUUGUGGUGGUGUGCCUGUGCGCCGCCGCGGCGCUGGCGGUGAAGGAGGACGUCAAGAAGGUGGAGACGCUCGACAAGGCCGCGAAGAAGAUCGACGCCGCUAAGGACGACAAGAAGGUGCUCCUCAAGGACGGCGAUGACGAGGUCGUCAAGCUGCCCGACUCGGACAAGACCUGGGGGCAGGCCAUCAACGCCCUGAACCCCACCGCCGAGGUGUUCUCAGCGCACCUGCCCAUGUACGUCAAGAGCAAGGUCAAGCCCGAGAUCGCGCAGGCCUUCGACCUGCAGGAGGAGCUGACCCACUGGAACAAGGAGGGCAACCCUCAGCACUUGGAGUUCAUCGGCGACGACGGGGAGUCCGCCUUCGCCGUCAUGUCCAGCCACCAGCCCGUGAUCUUCAACAGCUACGGCGAGGACAUCAUGUUCCACCUGUUCACCAAGGCCGACGAGUCCGACCUCAAGGGCUACGUGAUCAACGACUUCAAGACGCUCGUCGACGAGGGCGGCUUCGACCCCAAGCUCCCCGUCAAGGUCAUCAUCCACGGCUUCACCAACUCCAUCCGCUCCCCCGCCAUUCAGCUCAUCAAGAACGCGCUCCUGGAGUCGGGCAAGUACAACGUGAUCGGCGUGGACUGGGGCCGCCUGUGCCGCGGUCCCUGGUACCCCGGGGCGCGCGCGCACGUGAGCGGCACCGGCGCGAAGGUGGCCGAGUUCCUGGACGCGCUCGUCGACCUGCAGCUCACCAGGCCCGAGGACGUGCACCUCAUCGGCCACAGCCUGGGCGCGCACGUGGCGGGCAUCGCCGGCAAGUCCAUGACCAAGGGCAAGCUCGCCAGGAUCACCGGCUUGGACCCCGCAGGGCCGCUCUUCCAGCUGACCGACAACAACGGCAUCCUUUACCGCGGCGACGCUGACCUGGUGGACAUCAUCCACACCAACGCCGGCUACCUCGGCAAGACCAUGCACCUCGGCAACGUCGACUUCUACCCCAACGGCGGCCACUUCCAGCCCGGCUGCCCCUUCGACGUCACUGGCGCCUGCUCGCACGGCCGCGCCUACGAGGUCUUCGCCUCCACCAUCAAGAACUCCGACGCCGUCCUGGAGGGCGUGCUGUGCCCCUCGCUGCCCGACGGCGCCAGCACCUGCGAAAACAGGCUGCGCCAGCACGAGGACGUGGAGAAGGCCCAGAUGGGCUACAACGUCAAGUUCAACAAGGAGGGUGCGUACUUCCUCCGAACCACCGACAAGCCCAACUUCCAAUUCAGCUGGUAG